GGGAAUUGUAUUAAUGAGUACAACUGUGUAAUUUUAUUAAGGGCCUGAAAUGGCUUUGAUACGUGUUUAUGUGGCGGCCCUUAUUGGUUUAGUGUUGCUGUUUGAAGUGAAUUUUGUUGACUCUGCUCUGUUCUGUAAUAAAUGUACAUCGGCUAAAAAUGGUGAAAGCUGUGGAAAUGAAGUAAAAGAUGCUGCCCACUGUACAGAUAAUGGGGAUUAUAACCAUUGCAUGACUUAUCAAUAUACGUUUAAUGAUUCAAAAGUGACAGUUCGAGAUUGUCCCGAUGCAAGUUAUAACUGUAAGACUCUAUUUGCUGAUGGGAAAAAUACCUCUUUACUGAUGUGCAACGAAUGCAAUGACGACUUUUAUUGCAACGCACAUAUCGACACUUCUAGUAACACUUGCGCUAAAUGUAAUAGUUUAGAUAGCCAAGAUUGCGGAGAAACUAUUGAAGAUGUAGGAGGAAACACUUGCUUUUUGGAUGACACAGUUAACACCAAUUGUCUUUUAUACAAGUACAAAGGAGAUUCUUCUAUGGUAACAGUCAGAGAUUGUGGACGCACUAACACAUGCGACAGCCUCCGUUCUGGUGAAUACAAAGACAAUUUAUACAUGUGUGACGAAUGUUCAAACACCAACGGUAACAAUUGCAACCAAAAUAUCUCCGUUUCCAAAACUUGUGUCAAAUGUAACAGCUUAGAGCAACCAGGUUGUGAAAGUGCCACCAUCGACACAAGUAUCAUAAAAGACACUUGUUACUUGGACGAUACAGUUAAUACCGAAUGUAUUACAUACAAAUAUAAGAAUGCCAGCAAGAUAGUUACAGUCAGAGACUGCGCUUCAAAGGACACUUGUAAAGAUUUUCUUAGCGACACAUACAAAGAGGCACUUGUCAUGUGCCAUGAAUGUUCAUUAGAUACGCCAAAUUGUAAUCAAAACCUUGACGAUUUACCUACUUGUGUGGAAUGUAACAGUUCACAAAAUGCAAAUUGCAGUGAAUCAAAAAUUGAUAUUACACCAACAACAGGAGUUUGCUAUUUGGACAGUAUUAUUAACUUUGAAUGUAUCACAUAUCAGUAUCAAGAAAAAGAUUCGUCUAUAGUUUCUGUUCGAGGUUGCGCUCCAGCAAAGAAUUGUGAGGUUUUACAUUCUGACACAUACAAGGAUGCUUUGCUUAUGUGCGACGAGUGUAGUGACAAUAGCAAUUGUAACCAAGAAUUUGACACUACAAAAACUUGUAUUGAAUGUAACAGCAAAGACGAUCCAGAUUGUCAGGAAAGCACAAGUCUAACGACCACAUGUUAUUUGGAUCAAACUGUAAAAACUAAAUGUAUUACCUAUAAAAUCAAUAACGAAAACAAUCAGACAGUUACAGUCAAAGGUUGCGCUCCUGACAACCAAUGCUCUAAUCUUUUGUCUUCAGAAAAUUCAUCAUUACUUAUGUGUGACGCGUGUACAAACAUUGACGGUAAAAAUAACUGUAAUAAAAAAAUUGACGUUACAAAAACUUGCAUUGAAUGUAACAGCGAGAAUAAUCCAGAUUGUGCAAAUUUCCACAUUAAUCCAAGUAUCACUAAUGCCACUUGCUAUUUGGACCAAACUGUUAACAGCGAAUGCGUAAUGUACAAAGAUAAGGAAACUUCGGUUGUUGUCAGAGGAUGUGUUCCCACUAAUAGCUGUGCCACUUUGAGUUCCAAAAACGAACUUUCCUAUUGUUUUCCUUGUUCAUCAGCUAAUUGUAACGCAAAUAUUCACACUUCUGGAACUUGUGUCAAAUGUAACAGCUCUACAGACUCAAACUGUGGUGACUCUAUAGCUGAAGUCACUACAACUUGUUUGUUAGAUGAAACUGUUAAUACUGAAUGCGUUUCAUAUAAAUACCAAAACGAUGAUCAUACACAAGUUACAAUCAGAGAUUGCGCUCCAAAAGAUUAUUGCGAGACUUUACAUAAUGGCUCAUUGAUCAUGUGCAAUCACUGUACUGGAAAUAAUUGCAAUAAGAAAAUUGAGCAUUCUAAACGUUGCAUUGUGUGCAAUAGUAUUGAUGACCCCAACUGUAUCGAGGGCAGAAUUGAUACGACAAUAGUUCUUGGCAGGUGCUAUUUAGAUGACACUGUAAAUGUGCAAUGUGUUUCCUAUAAAUAUUAUCAAGAUGGCCAAACUUACAUUUACAGAGGCUGCGGUUCCGAAAAUUACUGUGAUCACGCUUGGUCUAACACUACAACGUGCACUUCUUGUACUAGUACUGAUAGUGUUAGCGUUAAUAAUAUGUGCAAUCUUGAACCUGCUUUUGACAAGGAAAAAACCUUAUGCAUCAAAUGCACGAGUGAAAAUGACGAGGAAUGUGGAAAAGACGACAUGAAUUCGAACAAAGUUAAAGAAUAUUGCCCAUUGGAUGACGAUAAUAGUGAAUGUGUGGCUUAUAAAUACUUGAAUCUUCUUAAUGGUAAAAUUCAAACUAACAGAGGCUGCGCCCCUGAAAAUCAUUGCACUGUUUUGAACGCCUAUUCCAAUACAACAGUAUGCAAUGAAGGAAAAAGCCUUAUUUCCAAUAAAAAGAUUGAUACAAGCAAUGAAGCAACUUUGUGUGUUGAAUGUACUGACGAAGAAGGCACAAGCUGUGCUGCUGAAAAAGUAGCUUUCACUCAAGUUGGCUUAUGUAAAAUAAGUAACACAGACGAAAAGGGUUGUUUUGCUUAUAAGUACCUUAACAGUUCAACUGGUAAGAUGAUCACCGAACGUGGUUGUGAAUCUCAAGGCUAUUGUGAUCUACACAACACAAAUUAUACAGCGUUAUGCAAUGAAUGCCAAGGCGAAAUUUGCAAUAGCAAAAUCAAUGCGACAACUGAAAGGGCUUUUUGUGUAGAAUGCGACGGUGAAGAGGGAACAGAAUGCGGUAACGACGAAAUUUCUGAUUUAAGUCAAGUUAGAUUUUGUGGAUUGACCAGCUCUGAUCUGAAAUGUGUUGCAUAUAGAUAUCUUAAUGUUACAUCGGGUAAGAUCAAUACUCACAGAGGCUGUGAAUCCGAAGACUAUUGUAAUCAAAACGCCAGUAGUACUACAAUAACGUGCACCAAAUGCAAAGAAAUCGACCAAUAUUGUAACCAGAACAUUGACAAAAAUAAUCAGAGAACUCUAUGCGUGAAAUGCGAUAGCGAAGCUGAUGAUUCGGAAUGUUCUAAGGAUAGUGUAGAUUUAUCUAAAGUUGACUUUUGUGGAAUAGCUACCGAAGAAGAACUACAAUGUGUGGCUUACAAGUACUUGAAUGUUACAACUAAUACACUCAGUACUCACAGAGGCUGUGAAACCAAAGACUAUUGUGCUCAAUACAACACUAGCACUACAAUAUUAUGUGAUGAAUGCAAAAAUGAUAAUAAUUGUAAUAUGGCAAUUGAUCCAACUGAUGUAACUUUAUGUGUGCAAUGCAAUAGUGAAGAUGGAUCAGAAUGCAGCAAAGAUACAAGUGAUUUAACUCAAGCUGAAUUUUGUAAAAUAGACAGCCCAAAUGAUAAAUGUAUAGCUUAUAGAUACCUGAAUGUUACAUCUGGCAAUGUCAAUACUUACAGAGGCUGUGAAGUUGAAAAUUAUUGUAGUCAACAAAACGAUAGUACUAAAAUAAUAUGCUCUGAAUGUGACAAUGACAAUAAUUGCAAUAUGAAAAUCGAAACAGACCAAGAGAUAACUCUAUGUGUAUCUUGUGAUGGUGAAGCGUGUGCUUCUAAUUCAGUAGACCUGAAACAAAUUGGCUUUUGUGGAUUAGCUAGCUCAGACACUCAAUGUGUGACUUAUAGAUACCUUGAUGUUAAAUCAGGAAACAUAAAUACGUACAGAGGCUGUGAAUCUGAAAAUUACUGUGCUCAGUACAACAAUAGUGAAACUACAUUAUUAUGCAACGAAUGUACAACUGGCAAUCUUUGCAAUAGGAUUAUCGAGAAUGAAGAUGCUCUUUGUGUAGAAUGUAGUGGCGACCAAGGAUCAGAAUGUGCUGCUGACAUGAUCACUGACUUCAACCAAGUUGAUUUUUGUAAAAUAAACAGCUCGAAUAAACGUCAGUGUGUUGCUUACAGAUAUCUUGAUGUUACAUCUGGCAAGAUCAGAACUCACAGAGGUUGCGAACUGGAUAAUUACUGUGAUAAUCAAUCAACCGACAGUCAAAUGGCCAUGAUUUGUAGUAUAUGCAAAAGCGCUGAUACUCUGUGUAACAAGGAAAUUGAUACCAGUAAUGAGCAAACUUUGUGCAUAGACUGUAUCGGAGGAGAGGGAACAGAUUGUGCUAAUGAUACAAUUAAUGACUUAACUAAAGUGCAUUUCUGUAAACUUACAGAUAACCAGCAAUGUGUUACUCACAAGUAUCUUGAUGACCAAACUAAUAAUAUCAGAAUUAAAAGAGGCUGUGAGAAUACAAAUUAUUGUAAUAAAUACAAAAAUGGGAAAAAUACACUGGUGUGUGAUGAAUGUCAUGAUGAAAUAUGUAAUGUAAAUACUAAAAAUGAAGGAAAAUUCAUUUGUGUACAAUGCAAUAGCGAACAAGAAUCAGAAUGCGCUCAUAACACAGUUAGUUUAGCUGAAGUUAAUGCAUGUAUAAUAAAUAGCAAAGAUAAUCAGCAAUGUGUAUCUCAUAAAUAUCUUAAUGUUUCAACUGGUAAAAUUAACACAUACAGAGGAUGUGAGUUUAAAGACUACUGUGAGCAACACAACAGUACUGAUAAUGGAAGUACAGCCCUUUGUAUGCAAUGCAAUAAUAAUGAUCACUGCAACAUGAAUAUCGACACAAGCAAACAAUUAACUUUAUGCAUAGAAUGUAUAGGUGAAGAAGGUUCAGACUGUGCCGCUCCUAAAGUUGAUUUAACCAAAAUGAGUUUUUGUGGAAUCAGUCACAAAAAUAAGAAAGAAUGUAUAAGUUACAGAUACCUGGAAGAAUCCACCAGUAGGCUGAAAACAGUCCGAGGUUGCGAGACGAGGAACUGCUCGACUUUAGUUGUAGACGAUGGAGAAGUUCAACAGUGUUCUGAGUGUCAUGAGGACAUUUGCAACAAUUAUCUUUGAAUUAUUGUUUUUUCUUUUUAGUAUAUUGUAAUAAUCUUAUAAUUUCUAGCUCAAUAAAUUAAAUUGAGUUUAAAUAUAUGGCUAGCCUGCUUCUGGCCAAAAUAAAACAUAA